AUGCAGCAGCCUCUUCAAGAGAGGAGGCCGUACUUGGGCGGACUCGCCCGGAACCCGCUGCUGGAGUCAACGGAUGCAUCGCAAGAGACUGGCACCAGCGUGUUGUACCUCCUGGACUUCAUGCAGAAGGUUGAGGUGUUCCAGAACCUGUCCGAGGAUGAGCUGCUUCAGCUGGCAGAAGCAUUCACUAGCCAGCAUGCUGAAGACGGGGAGAAGUUGGUUCAGGAGGGCGAUGAAGGGAGCGAGCUCUUCUUCAUCGAGUCAGGGACCGUUUCGGUUCGCACAGAGGAGCGUGAGCUGACGAGACUGAGUCAGGGCCAGUACUUCGGAGAGACUGCCCUGGUGGAGAAGGCGCCCCGAAACGCAUCGGUCUAUGCCGUCGGAGAUGUUCGGCUUCGAGUCCUCACCAGAGAUCACUUCGAGAUGUUCGAUCUGCACCGAAAGUUGCAUCUGGAGCUGAAGCAUGCAAACAUGACAAAUGGUUUACAGGAACUCCUCGGCGACUUGGUGACCUUACGAACGUUUCUGAAGGCAGUGGCUUUGCUUGGAGGCUACUUACUUCUGGCCAUCCUUCUCUUCUCAAGCCUUGAAGGCUGGAGUUGGGUUGACUGCGUGUACUUUGCCGUCAUAACCUUGAUGACUGUGGGCUACGGCGACUUUGCGCCGAAGCACUGGGGCUCCAGGUUGCUGCUCGUGUUCUUCGUUUUGAUUUCGCUUGUCAUUGUCGCAACAAGCAUCGGGGAGUUCCUGGAAGGUCUCGUGACCCUGGAAAUUCGAAACGAGCGUGCGCGGAAGGCCCUGCAGCUAAAGCAAGCACGGGUGGGCGUCUUUGACAAGCUGGGGCAAAAGAAAGCUUGGCGGCGGAAGGCCUUGGGAUGCUUGGCCGCCCUUGUCACUCUGCUCGGCGUCAGUUCAGGGAUUGCGCGAAUUGCUGUGCAAAACUGUGCGACAUGGGCUGAUGCGCUGUAUUUCAGUGUUGUUACCUUAUCAACCAUCGGCUACGGUGAUCUGACUCCGAUUGCAGAGCCUGGAAGCAGAGUCGUCAUUGGAUUUCUGGCCUUGCUUGGGGUGCCUGUUUUCGGUAUAGUCCUGGCCAAGAUUGUGGAGAUUGCUUAUGGAAGAGCCAAGAGUAACAGCAUGCCGUGCGUCGUCGGUGGACUCACAAACGAGAAGUUCGAUGAGCUCGUAGAUUUCACGGACAAGCUCUGGCGUGGAGGAGGCUACAAUUCCCAUCCUCAGCAAAGUCUGCGGGAGCAGAUAACUCCUUUCGAGUUCCUGUGCUUCAUCUUGACUCAGAACGAGACUGUCUCCCUGGAUGAAAUCAAGCUCAUCAUGGCAAAUUUUUCUGAGCUUGACCUGACGAAGACGGGUCUGCUGGAGCAGCAGGACGUGGAUGAAUGGCUGAAGCGGGGCUCUUGCAACCCAGCUGGUUUCAGUGCCUCGUCCUCUCCGCGGAAGGGCAGAAAGUUGUCAGUCAUGACAGCUAUGCGAUCCACUGCAAGCUCCAGCUCUGGCGGUGCGGAAGCUGGUUUUGUGAAUGUGUGCGUCCAAGAUUUGCAAGGCAGAGGAGAGCGCAAGGUGUUGCUGGAGGUCUUGCGUAGCCGCGCCCAUCAAGAAGGAGCUGGCACCAGAUCCUGCAACCGCUGUGGCGUGCCCUUGCUUGCCUUCGAGAUGCUGCCCGGUCGUACGACGGAAGCUCUCGGGACGACGGAUGCUGAUCCGUGCCCGUCGGCCUGGUAUCCGCUCUUGUUUCUGCGGUGGCUUCAGCCGUGGUCGUUCGUGCUGCAGUGGGUGAGAUCUCCCGGUGUUGCCAUGUCCUACUUGUCGGCCGACAUCGCGACGGCAGUCGAUGUUUUGCGGGCGGCCGUGGCUGCCGGCGAAGAUGUGGCCGUACUUCGGCCGCUGGUCUGGAUUGCCCAUCAAGCCCGGCACCCGCGGCCAGAACGGAUGGGGCUACGUCGUCAGGAUUGGCGCCCGCGUCUUCUAGGCAAGGCCUUUAUCUACGUGCUGGAGAUCUUGGCACAGGUGCUCGCGCUUGUGACGUUGGCCCGACGGCUUCCACAGAGAUGGCUGGCGUUCAUCGACAACGUCGCUGGCCAGUGGGCCUUCGCCAAGGGCUACGGAAAAACGCUGGCGACGGCGGUCAAGGACCUCGACUUCGCCGUGAACGAUGCUGCAGACGGACUGGCGGCUGGUGAACUUGGCGGUGUGAGGGGCUGCCGGCGCAGAGCAGCUCUGGCGAAGGUGUUCCUUGGCGCCUUGCUGGGACCCAUCUUGUUGAUCAGCACACCGGCCAGCGAGCUGCAGAUGGACCUGACCGACACACUUGAGGAAACUACCAUGAGCUUCUGCAUGGCAAAUGAACAGGAGUGCUGCGACGGCUGUGAUGCUCUGGCAGAAUGUCAAGUGCGCAUGGAUUUUCGAACGUAUGGCAAAGCGCAUGAUCCUGAGUGGGAGGAUCCCGGUGAUUUGGGCCUGGCUCCGAGACAUGGCAGUGCCUGCAGCCUAUGGGUUCAAGCCCAAGUCCAACCUCGUAUGGCUUACAGCGACCUAGCCGCCGAAGGCUGGCUUGGAGUUGUAGGCUUUGGUGUGCUACUCACCAUCCCGGGAUCUGAGGCCAUGUACACCUACGCAGAGACUCUCAAGUUUCCCGAUGGCGUCGCAGCAGAGAAGCUCGACGAGGCGGAGCUGGAGACCAGCGGGCCUUCCAUGAAGAAGGCUGUGGAGUCCAUUUUGGCCGCGAAAGAUUCGGUUCCAGUUUUCAAGGAGUUGUUGAGCGACAUCAAAGCAAUGCAGAAGCCGAGCCAGAAGUUGGAUCUCGAUGAGGUAGCGGAGAAGGUUCAAGCAGCAUCCGACAAGCUGGCAGCGUCCAAAAUCCAUCUGUAUCUCUGCAGCGUCCAACAGAAGGUGACCGAGGCCAAGGAUCCCGAUCUGGAAAAGAGCAGUGCCCACUUCAAGUGGAUCCUGGUGAUUGACCGGGAGGCGGCUCCGGACUUCAAGGUCAUGCACGCGUACAUGCCGGUGAUUUCUCCAAAGGGCACUGAGAAAGAAAAGACGUGCGCCGUCAUGUAG